AUGGAUAGCGCGUCUGAGGUUGAUCUAGAGUCUGAUGCAAGUUCUGUUGAUGGAUCUCUUAGCCUCAGAGAAUCAUCUGCCAAAAAUGAGCAAUUGCAGAGGAGAGUUGACUCACUUACCCAGGAGAAUCGUGUACUUAAGAAAGAACUGGAAACAAUGAAGCUUAAAUUAAAGAAUUUGCAAGAAGUCAAUCAGCAGCUACGCAGGGACAGUGUUAGCAUUCAAGCCAAAGCUGAGCAAGAGGAAGAGUUUAUAAGCAAUACCCUACUUAAAAAGAUAACUGAAUUGAAAAAGGAAAAGGAGUCUCUCGCCUUAAAUUAUGAACAGGAGGAGGAAUGUCUUACAAAUGAGCUUUCCAGGAAAUUUACUCAAUUACGGCAGGAGAAGGUUGCGCUGGAGAAAACUCUGGCUCGCGAGCAAGAAAAUCAGGUCAACAAGCUCAAAAGACGAAUAGAGAAGCUAGAAGGAGACAUGAAUAACAAGCAAGAUUGUCUUGAGCGACUGCGAUGGGAGAAGAUUGAAUUGGAAAAUGCACUCGAGCAAGAGCAGGAAGCAUUGGUUAAUAGACUCUGGAAGAAAAUGGAGAAGCUAGAGACAGAAAAGCGCAUGCUGCAAGAAAAAUUAGAAUCGGCUAGUGCUCCUCUCUCUGGCAGCUCUAGUGCUUUAAAUUUGUCAAAUGUUUCGCACCAAGAUGCGCCUACUCAGGCUUCUUGCAUAGUCAGCUCGCAGUUUUCAAGGGCUGCUCCUUCCGGCUCCAUUUCUGGUGGUGAUCAUCCUGUUUACAUUUCUCUCACCUCCGGCCAAGCUAGUCCUACUUCUCCUGGAACUUCCUGUCAAAAUUCUGUCUCCAAUACAACUCCUGUCCGUCCUACCAGCAGUGGUCCAGGUAGUCAGGGCGGUUCUUUACGGCGGCAUCAUCAUAGCCAUGGCCAGCAACAAUUUCCCCAACAAUCUCAAUCAGGAACAGUCUCUUCGAAUAGACUUUCCUUGCUAAUCAAUCCCGUGAGCACCUCGGAUGGGUCUGGCUAUUCGGUUGCAAUUCCUUCGGGCCCAGUUUCUGCACUUAGCAAUGUCACUACUUCGCGUUCUAUGACUCAUUCUUCCAUCCCUUUAGAUGCUGGUGGGCCUAACGCUGAAGUUGCUGAGACAAUGUCAUUGCGCUCUGCUUCCUGUAAAAUCGGGGCUAUCUCUGCUCCGCCUCAGAGUCCAAUGGAGUUAGAUACUGCAGGUUAG